AUGUUGCCGUCUUCUAUCCUUGCUAUCGCUCUUUUCGGCACUAGCUCAUUUGCCGCGCGCGUGUUCUGUACCGAUGCUGAACAUCCAUCAGACGCCAACCCCCAUCAGUCACUCACGAGGAGUUGCUGUGGAAGUAAUUCAUUCUCGUCACAAACCAAACUUUGUGAUACAGGCAGUAAAUCGACCAACUCUUUCUGUAGCUGCUGCAAUGGCAGCCAAACGGGUUGCGUCCAUGUUGGAUAA